CCCUGGGGACAUUCCAGUUGCAUGCCCUGUGUGUCCCUGUCCCAGGUACAUGAAGUACCUCUAUGCCUACGAGUGUGAGAAGAAGUCCCUGAGCUCCCCGGCCGAGCUGCAGGCGGCCAUCGACGGCAACCGGCGCGAGGGUCGCCGGCCCAGCUACAGCUCCUCCAUGUUCAGCUUCUCCCCCUCCACCCCCGGGCCCCCUUCCCUGCUGUCCCCUCCCAAAAUCCGCUUCCCCAUCAUCGGCGUGGCGCCGGGCAGCGCCGGCAGCAGCCCCCGCCUCUCACCGGCCACCUGUCGUGGCCCAGGUGACGGCGUGCCCCUGAGCGUGUCCAUGCCGAGCCGCAUCCACGCCGUGCCCGUGACACUGGGAGGCCAGCAGGGCACGGUGGCAGCCAGGACAGGCACGCUGGAGCAGCUGAGGGAGAGGCUGGAGGCAGGAGAGCCCCCAGAGAAGAAGGUGACGAGGAUGACGGAGGAGGAGCAGCGGCUGGUGCAGCAGGCACUGCAGCGCAACCUGCUCAGCAUGGCCCGCCAGAUCCCCAUGAAAAUCAAAAUCAACGGCAAAGACAAGGGUGACUCGGCAGCAGCGCUGAACCUGUCCCCAAACGGCAUCGGCAGCAUCAACAUGUCUGUGGAGAUCAAUGGCACCACCUAUGCUGGGGUGCUGUUUGCCCAGAAGCCCGUGGUGCAGCUCCUGGCCGGCUCGGGCACGCAGAGCUCGUGCAGCAGCAGCAGCUCCAGCAGCUCCAGCAGCUCCUCCAGCAGCUCCCACUGCUCCCCCAGCCCUACCUCAUCCCGCGGCACGCCCGGCGCAGAGCCCUCCACCAGCUGGUCCCUGUGACGGGCACGCCCCGGCCCGGGAGUGCACACAUACCUCAUCUCAAGGAACCUGCUCUC